AUGUCGGACGCAGAGAGAGGGCGUGAAGUGUCGGAGCCUCUCAUCGGCGAUGAAGAGAGUGUGGGAAUGGUUGUUUUCAGCACUAUUGUCGCCGUCUGCGGUUCCUACUCAUUCGGAACAUGCGUAGCAUAUUCAUCACCUGCCCAAUAUGAAUUAAUGUUGGAUCUCAACCUUUCAUAUUCCCAGUAUGCAGUUUUUGGAUCCAUUCUAACCAUUGGUGCGAUGCUUGGUGCAAUUACUUCUGGGAGGAUUGCGGAUCUUUUAGGAAGGAAAGGGGCCAUGUGGUUGUCAGCUAUAGUUUGCAUAAUUGGAUGGGUGGCAAUCUACUGGGCUUGGGGAACUAUAUCCUUAUACGUGGGCAGAUGCUUAACAGGAUACGCCAUUGGGAUUUUUUCAUAUGCGAUUCCCGUAUAUAUUGGAGAGAUUACACCGAGUAAACUGCGAGGAUUACUGUCAUCUAUAAAUCAGCUGUUGAUCGUUAUUGGGCUGUCUGCGACAUACGUCAUCGGUGCCUUUCUGUCAUGGAGGUUACUAGCUUUAACAGGACUUAUACCAUGUGGAAUAUUGUGUAUUGGUCUCUUUUUUAUUCCGGAGUCUCCAAGAUGGCUGGCUAUGAAAGGACGUGCUCAAGAAUUUGAUGCUGCUCUGAGAAAGCUUCGAGGACCACACGCUGAUAUAUCUGAAGAAGAGACCGCCAUACAAACGUCCCUGGACGUGCUUAAUGGACUUCCCAAAGCUACGAUAUUAACCAUGUUUGAUGAGAACAAUAUUCGUGCUGUUAUUAUUUCAGUAGGGUUGAUGGCAAUCCAGCAACUUGGGGGAAUUAAUGGAAUCAUAUUUUACUCAGAACAUAUCUUUACGGCUGCAGGUUUCAAUCCUAGUCUUGGAAGCAUUCUCUUCUCUCUUUUGCAGGUUGUGCUGACCGCAUUGGGCGCAUUCCUAAUGGACAGAGCUGGUAGAAGAAGCCUUCUCUUGUUGUCUUCAUCUGGCUUGCUAUUGGGAAAUCUACUUAUUGCAUUCUCAUUCCUUCUUCAGGACAAAGGAUAUGCUCUAGACUUGGUCCCCGACAUGGCCAUUGGAGGUGUUCUUGUUUACAUAGCUGCUUUCUCAAUGGGGAUGGGAGCAGUUCCUUGGAUCAUUAUGAGUGAGGUGUUCCCUUUACAUGUAAAGGGAAUAGGUGGAGCUAUGGUGACUCUGAUGAACUGGAUCACAACUUGGGCCGUUUCUUUCUCCUUUACCUUUCUCAUGCUGUGGAGUACAUAUGGUACAUUUUUAAUCUUUGCGGCUGUUUGUGCACUGGGAAUUGUGUUCAUAUACAAAAUGGUUCCAGAAACAAAAGGCAGAACUCUUGAAGAGAUUCACGCUUCACUCAAUUCAUAAGC